ACAAAACAAUUGUUUUUAGUUUGUAUUUUGCAAAUUAAAACAAUACUAGUCUUUUGUUUAUUUUAUUUUUUUGCAUUAUAAUUUUGUUUUUGUGUGAAAAUUAUCAAAGUAAAUUAUGAAAACUUCCACCACGCCACAAAACGAAGAUACACCGAAGACGACACAAACAAAAUCGACAAAAAAAUCUGCAAAAUCCAGAGCAAAAUCUAAUAAAUUGGAAAUUAACAAUAGCAGUAGUUCCAGUAAAAAUGCAACCGGCAAUUUGUCCAGCUCAACAACAGCGGCACAAUUAAUAACACAUCAGCAACAAAACAAUCAAACUAAUCAAUUGAAUAUUGUAACAACACCAACCACACCCACUUCGUCUUACAUGUCUGGUGGUGGAGUGUUUGACGCAUCCAUGCCACAGCAUGGCAGUGGUGGAGUAUCAGGAGGUUCUGGUGGUAGAGAUGAAUUAAAUACUACUUCGAGAAGUAAUCACAAAAGUUAUGCAGGUCUUGAGCCUAGAUCUAUUAAGAUUAUAUGGGAACAACAUGAUCAAAGUGAUGUUGAAUUAUCGGGAGAAGUUUGCGCUCGAGUUGCCGAAGAUGCUUCCUAUAGAUUAUGGGAAUUGAUUAAUAAUAUUAAAACCUAUGCCCGUCAUUCAGGAGGUUCUAUAACAUAUGAUCUGGUUAACGAAGUUUUACGUGAUUCUGAUGUACCUCCCUGUUUAGGAGCCAUGGAUAGUGAUUGGGAUCGCAUCGACUAUGAUGGCAGUUAUUUUUUCUACUCUGAUAAAAUAAUCGAACUACGAGAUGAAUAUCAGAAAGAUGUCACUUUUAACAUGCCACAAGGUGCCGACUUUAAAUGUUCUUGGCCAAUGGAAGACAAACAUAUGGAGAAUAUCAGGAAAUAUGUACCCGCUUUUAUAUAUGUGGCAUUAAAUGCUUCCACAGAUGAUUUGGAUGCGGUAUUAACAGAAGCCGCCUUUAGUUCUUUAAUGGGUCACUGUUAUCGUUUAAUACUCACCAAAAUCAUACAAAUCGUGGCCUUUAAACAAAGUCCCGAUAUAUGUCAACGUUGCUGGCGUUUACUUCGUGCUCUAUCCUCUAAUCCCCAAUGUCGCGAUGUAGACGCUCGAGAAGAAUAUUUCCAUUUGGCAGAAAUUUUAAUAUGUCAACUAUUAGCUCCCUAUGAAAGCAUCAAAGUACAAAACUCCUCAGUUGCAAAUGAAAAAACAGAAGAUACUUCUAAUCAGAAUAACAUUAAAAUGGAGAUUGAUAAUUUGGAUGCAGAUUUUAUGGAUCAUACACAAUCGACUAUGGACAAUUUAGAAGGAAAUUCAAAUGGAGAUAAUACAGAGAAAAUUUACAAAUUACAAGCCGAUAUGGAUGAAGAGGAAAUAAAUUGCUGCAACACUACAGCAACAAAUGCCGGAGGUAGUUAUCAAACUUCUCAGUAUUUCGCCAGUCCAGUUGAUGCAAAGAUAGUAGAUGAGUUAUGUGAAACUUUGGGACAUUUAGCCGCUAUUAAUGGUUACUUUCAAAGUGAAUGUCUAUAUCAUAUAGUACGAAGACUGGAACGGUUCUUUGAGGGACGUUUUAUCAGUACAGAAAGGGAUUACAACUAUAUAAGUCGAGCUAUGCGCGGUCUCAUAGCCCUGGGAGAAUAUGCUUUUCGCGAAUUUAUACCAUUUUUGUAUAAACUCAAAGCCGAAGAUAUACCCGAAACUCUAUGGAAUGAUUUUACGGUAUCUGCGGUAUUCCUACAAGGUCAUGAUGAUAUUUUUCUCUACGAAUGGUUAGAGUUUGUCUGCGGUGGCGAUAAAUUACAACCCUUUAUGAGCUAUCAAGCUCAGUACUAUGAAAAGUUCUUAAAUUAUCGCUAUUUAAGACGUAAACCGGCCACGUUUAAAUUUAAUCCCAAAUUGGGUGUUAGACGUCUAGAAUGGAGCACUCUAGCGGCCGCUAUGUGUCAUGGUGAUGACCCAAACAAGGCUUUAAAGCCUAAACCUUCAAUCAAGGAAGUAUUUCCCGAUUUAAAACCCAUCAAUAUGAAUAUAAAUCGAGCAGGUAAUAUACGGUUUAAAUUUGCCGGUUGUCGUCCGGUGAUUAUUAAAGGAAAAAAUAAAUUUGGUUUACAAACGGCCGAUUUGGGGCAACAAAAUGAAAAGUUAUUGAAUGGUUGUGGUCAAAAUGAUAUUCUAAUAGCGAAGAGAAGAUUAUUUAAACCACUAACGAAUGAAAAAUCUAUGAUACCAUUAUGUAGUUAUAACUUUUUAAAUAUAUAAUAUUAGAAAUAAUAUAAAAUAUAUAUA